CUCACGUGCGGAUGAAUACAUAGACACGCACAUCAGAGCAGAGCUGAAAGGAGGGCGGACACACACAUUUAUAUUGGUAGAAACAGGCAAGGGCGUGUACACACAUACGCAUGCGCAGACACACACUCAGCAUCCUUGUAGAAACAGAUCCGCAUCAAGACUUGGAGGUUCCCAUUCUCCUCAGUGUCAGAUUUUUCUGGUAGCAUGGCAGAGGGCUCUGGCACAGCAUCAGUGGCGGAUAUGGAGGCAGCAUUCCAGAAGUUUGCUGUGCAUGGUGACUCCAAGGCCACUGGGAAAGAAAUGAAUGGAAAGAACUUUGCCAAACUGUGCAAAGACUGCAAGGUGAUCGAUGGGAAGGGUGUCACCGGCACCGAUGUGGACAUCGUUUUCAGCAAAGUGAAAGCCAAGUCUGCACGCGUGAUUACAUUCGAACAGUUCACACAGGCCAUGACAGAGUUGGCACCCAAGCGCUUUAAAGGGAAAGGCCAGGAGGAGGCGCUGCAGAGCCUUUAUGGCCUCAUCGCAGGCAAGGAGCCCACCAACGUGGGCGUGACGAAAGUGGCCAAGGCUUCCGCGGUGGACCGGCUGACAGACAGCAGUAAGUACACAGGCUCCCAUAAAGAGCGCUUCGACGAGUCCGGCAGAGGGAGAGGCAGAGCGGGGCGAGAGGAGAUGCCGGACACCAGCGGCUAUGUGGGGGCCUACAAGGGCCAGGGCACUUACGACAGCAAAGUGAAGGAAGACGCAUGAGAGGAGGAGAGGGAGAGAGGAGGAGAUGAGGAGAGGAGUAGAGUGGAGGUGAGGAGGGAGGAGAGACACAAGGAGCUUGGUUCAUUUUGAUGCAGAGAAUUAUGGUUCAUUUUGCUGCAUGUUUCACUGAGCCUUAUGGACUUUGUAUUUCAGUUGCAUAUCUGUUAAAAAUACACUAACCUCGAGUUCCUCUGCUCCUUCUAGACUGCCUUUAUUGGUGAGUGUUCAGCUUUCUGUGUCAGCCUUUGCAGAAACGCUUAAGCAACACUUCCAUAACGUUCAAGCAAUGUAUCUGUGGUCGUAGUACUGGUGCCUUAUUUAUGUUUCCGGUCACUGACACUUUAGCGCUACUCCUGUGAAUCUCUCCUGCGGACUGCAUCCUAUAUCCUUUCAUUUCUCUGUUAUUCCUUCUCCUUUAGAGAAUGCAGGAUAUAUAAACAUCCUACUGAAUAUAAAACUCUGAGUGUGCUUAUAAUUAAUGACUAAAUUGAUGAGGUAACCAAAAACAGAGCAGUGAGCUGAUCUGAGGUAAGCUGAGCUAAUCAGUAACGCACUGAAAACUGGACUGUUUUCCAGAACGCUGAUCAGUCUGGCUCUCUAAGUCACAGUCUGGUUCUCUAAGAUCUCCUGACAUUGUUACAAACAGCUGGAAAAUAUUUGUUAACCAAAUUUCUUCUCCAAAUGUAUAAUCACUAGCGGCAGUGAUGAUAAUUCAUAGAGGAUGGCAUUAAUGUAAUUAAUAUCAGAUGUUAGCUGUUCAGAGAUGACAAUUAACACUGUGUGCUUGGACUCUGCCAUUAUGCAAACUUGCAAAGUCAGACAAUAUAUCAUCAGUUUGGAAAUGAUGCCAUCACACGUUAGAACGUGAGGACCAUGAGGUCAUCUGUGUGUGUGUGUGUGUGUGUGUGUGUGUGUGUGUGUGUGUGUGUGUGUGUGUGUGUGUGUGUGUGUGUG